CAACAGCAACAUCAAAAACAACAACAACAACAACAACAGCAGCAGGCUGCAAAUAUGUCUGCGUAUCAACAACGCCUGCCAGCUGGUGUAUCACCGAUUCAUAGGUCAUAUAGGACACUUGAGCAGCAGUCACAGCAAUAUGCCAAGAGUCUCGGACAUUUGCAAGCACCGCCCCAACAUCACGCACCACUGCAGCAGCAGCAACAACAACAACAACAACAACAACAGCAGCAGCAGCAGGCUGCGCCACCGCCCACAUCUCAACACCAGCAGCAACAAAUGCAUCACCAUCACCACCAUCAACAGCAGCAGCAGCAACAACAACAACAACAGCAACAACAGCAACAACAACAACAACAGCAGCAGCAGCAAUCUUCAAGAUCGGCAGCUAGUCCCCUGUCUCCGCCAAGACCUGGCCCAGGAAGUGCUGCUGCUGCUGCCGCAGCGAAUAGUUAUGCCAAGUUUGGGGAUGCUCCACAUAGAUUUAUCCAACAACCGGCAGCCUAUAGCAUUGGUCCAGUGCCCAGUGCAUACCGCGACAAUCACUAUACGCGCAUAUCCCAACAGAUGCAGGGAGGACCGGUGCCAUCGGAGUAUCAACGUGUGGCCGCACGUGCUGCUGCUGCUGCAGCAGCUGUUGGUGGCGGUGGCGGCAAAGGUGGCGGCGGAGUUGUCCAAGUGGGUGGACCACAAUCUGGCGGUGUAUUGGUUAUGGAGUCAUUGCAAUCGUUACAGCAGCAACAGUUGCAACAACAGCAUCAGCAGCAGCAGCAGCAGCAGCAACAACAACAACAACAAGCUGCUGGCUCAUCUGGUGGUGUUCCAACGAAUAGCAGCAAUAACGCUGCUAUAAUUGGUGGUUUGGGCCGUAUACUGAUGCCACAGCCUUACCCCAGCGAAUAUCAUUUGACUGCGGCGGUUAAUCAACGCCAGCAACAGCAACAACCACAACAACAACAACAUCAGGGUCCUCCUACAGAAUCCUCGAUGGUGGUCGGUUUAAGUCAGCCGUAUAAAAAGCAACGGCUAAGUGAUGCAUCUCCGGCCAAUCCCAGCAACAUGAAUCACCUGCCACCACAACAACAACAACAGCAGCGAUCCUCGCCAGCUCAUCAACAGCCGCCACCGCCGCAACAACAACAAAUGAAUAGCAGUAGCAAUCGCCAGCAAAGCAAUCAUGGUCCAAUUUCGUAUCAUAUUUCAGCUGGAGGUGGUCCUGGUGGCGUAGGCGGAGCAAGUGGAGGACCUGGUGUUAGUAGUGCAUCAAUUUUAACUCCACUCUCAAUGCUGAAAGUGGAUACAUUGCCACCGCAACCGCCACAGUUGACAAUGUCGGCAACACUGACACCAAGACACACUGCAUCCUCAGUGGUAUCCUCGGCGGCACCGCCCUCCUCAAUGGGAGCGGUAACCGUUUCAACUGCCCCAACGGCUCCUGGCAGCAGUAGCGGCAUCGGCAGCAGUAUGUCCACCUCGGUUAGCAUAUCGUCAUCAUCCUCAUUGGCUUCAACCACCAGCUCCUCAUCCAGCACAGAAGCGUAUCAUCCACAGGUCGAGGCCAUCUCACCCACCUUGCCCAGCGAUAGCGCUGAGGAACGUGGUCGCACCACCGCCAAGGAGGAUCUACUCCAGCAGAUCCAGAAAGUUGACAUUGAAAUCAAAAGCGCCGAAACCACAAUGGAUACGCUACGCAAGAAGGAGAAAUCCUUGAUGGAGGAUGCAGCGAUAACCAAGCAACAGAAGGUAGCAGCCGAACAGGAAGCUGCCGCCCAAGGUGACGAGGUUAUCGAAUUAGCCUGGCGCACACAAAUGCUGGCCGAGAAGAUCUAUGCGGCGAAUCGUAAGACCGCAAAUGCCCAACAUUCCAUGGUGAGUCGAGCCAAUGGCCUGGAACGUGAGCAUCAUUCCUGGCUACCGUUGUACAAUCAGCCGCUGGAUGUCGAGGUCCUGACAACGCUUAUCAAGCGGCAUCAGACACAGGUGAAAGCGCCACUCUUGGUGCACAUAUGCAAACUGAAGGCCGAACGGUGGGAGCACAAUCAGAGUCUGGUUGAGAAAUAUACCAAGGAUCAGGCCGAUUGGCAGCGCCGAUGCGAACGUGCCGAAUCGAGUGCCAAGCGAAAGGCGCGCGAGGCCAAGAAUCGGGAAUUCUUUGAGAAGGUCUUCACGGAAUUGCGCAAGCAACGCGAGGAUAAGGAACGCUUUAAUCGCGUCGGCUCACGCAUCAAAUCGGAAGCCGAUCUCGAGGAGAUAAUGGAUGGCCUGCAAGAGCAGGCGCUGGAGGAUAAAAAGAUGCGUUCAUAUGCGGUUAUACCGCCUCUCUUGUACGAUGCCCGGCAACGUCAUUGCGCCUAUCACAAUGAGAACGGACGCAUUGAGGAUAUGGUGGCUGUGCAUCAGGAGCGCAAGGCUCUCAAUAUGUGGACAGCCGGCGAGAAGGAGACAUUCAAAGAGAAAUACCUACAACAUCCGAAGAAUUUUGGCGCCAUUGCCGCCAGUUUGGAUCGCAAAUCGCCGCAGGAUUGCGUCCGCUACUACUACCUCAGUAAGAAGACAGAGAACUACAAGCAGCUGUUGCGUAAAUCGCGCCAGCGCACCCGCAGCUCUCGCAAUCCGGCCAAGGCUCAGGCCCAACAGCCGCAGUGCAUCAUUGAUUCACUGACAACGGGUGUUACGACUCGCCUGCAACGGGAGCAGCAACAAAAGUCCGGCAAUCGUUCAUCCGCCGUGGCGGAACGUGAGCGUGCCGAGCGAGCCGCCGAACGGGAACGUGUGGCCGAAAAGGCAGCAGCAGAUGCAGCCAAAGCGGCAGAAAGUGCCGCCGAGAAAGCAAGUGCGGUCACUAAGGCUGUGGAAGCAAAUGCUGUUAGUGAGAAGGUUGCCAAAAAUGCAGCAGCAGCAGCAGCAGCAGCGGCGGCAGCAGCAGCAGCAGCAGCAGCAUCAUCUUCAUCAGCAGGAGCAGCAGCAGCAGCAACCACAACAACUACAACAACAACUGCGGAUAAAAAUGCAACGUCGACUACGUCGUCAGUGGAUGCAAGUAAAACGGCAUCGACAGCGACGGCAUCUGCUGCUUCCGUUGCUGCUGCUGGUGGUGAUAAGAAUGCCCAAGCAGCAGCAGCAGCAGCGGCGGCAGCAGCAACAUCUGCAGAGAUCUCAACCGGCAGCACAAGUAGCAGCGAGGCCAAAGCCAAAACCGCCGAGGAGAGUGCGGCGACAGCAGCUGCAGCUGGAGGCACUGCAUCCGCAACGACAGGAGCAGCAGCAGCAGCAGCAACAACCACAACCAACGCAGGAACACAGAAAGCCGUUGCAACUAGUGAAACGGCAACAGCAGCAGCAGGCAGUGAAUCAGCCACAGCGCCCAAGGCAAAGGCAGAUGCAGCAGCAGCAGCAGGAGCAGAUGCCAGUAAAGUGGCAUCUGAAGUGCCCGCUACAACAUCCACGGAAACCGUUGAGCAGAUGGCCAAAGGUAAAACAAGUGCCACGGCCACUAGCAACGAUAGUUACAAUGCAGGUAAUAGUAGUAGUGCGGCCACAUCCUCAGCAACAACAACAACAGCAACGCCGGCAGUUAGUGUGGCUCUCAAUGGCUUUAAGCCUGGCUAUCAAACUCUUAUCGGUGUAAUGGCCGGCAAUGUGAAAGCUUCAGGCACAGGCACAGGCACAGGCACAGGAGGACACAAUAGUAACGAUGAAACGGCAAUAGCAACAUCCACAGCAACAGCAGCAGCAACAACAACCCAAACAACAUCAACACUGGGAGGAGGAGGAGGAGGAACGACAAAUGCAACAAAUAUUGGGGAUAAAAUCGUCAAGCAAACGGCAACAUCGUCUUCAUCUUCAUCUGCUGCAGCCUCCGCCCCUGCCAUAGUUGUGAGUGGGUCAGAGCAGGGCAGCAGCGUCGGCGGCGGCAGCCUAACAACAGCCACAACAGCGGGCAAUUAUUUGGGGCAAAAGUUAAAGGCAGCCCAAGUAGAAGGUUUGGGUGCCGGCAAUGAGAUACACUCGGAUGUUAGUGAUGCCAAGAAGAAACGUUUCGAAUUGGCAUCAAAUGAGGCAACUAAUGUAACGUCUAACGUAGCUAGUGCCACCGCUGCUGCUGGUGUCAUUAACAACAACAACAACAACAACAAUAGCAACAGCAGCAACAACAAUAGUGUGAUCGGCAGCAAAGUGAAUGCCAAGGAUGUGAUAACAAAGCCAACACAACCAACAUCAAUAUCAUCAUCAUCAGCGGCAGCGGCAGCGGCAGCGGCAGCGUCUUCGUCAUCAGUUUUGGUUGCCGCUUCAUCAUCUGUUACUUCUUCAAUUGCUGCAUCAUCAGCGACUUCCUCCUCAUCGUCACCCAUGUUGCUCAUUAGCGCUGCAUCGAUUAUGUCAACGGCGGCAUCGACGACGACACCGACAUCAACCACAAUGGCCACAUCGUCCACAACGUCCAUGCCAAUGCCCCUGCUGGCUGAUGGUGGCACCAAUACCAAUGUCAAUAUGUUAAAUGCCAGCGAUCUGAUGGCUCUGGAUGGCGGCAAAGACAAACUGGCCGGUUGCUUUGUGUGUAAAGCGGAGGCAUGUCCAAGGACCAGGCCACUGAAGAAGGGUCGUGGCCAGCAAUAUGGUAUACCGGAUGAAACGAUACCGGCUGGGGCAAGGGUAUGUAAUAGCUGUCAAUGCAAAUCGGUGAGAAAUCGUUAUCCGAAUUGCCCCCUGCCCACCUGUCCCAAUCCGAAGGAUCGGGCCCAGCGUUUGCGGAACAUCCCAUCACGAUUGUUCGAAUUGUCGCCGGAGUUACGUGAUCCGGUAAUGGCUGAAUUCCAAAUACCACCACAUGCCACACGUUGUUGUUCCGCCUGCCUGAUGCGUAUACGUCGCAAGCUUGAUCCACAGUUGAAUCUCACCGAUGAUGAGCGUCGUGCCGGCGGUCUGAGUGGCCGUGGCAGCGAUGGCGAUGAAACGGAUGUGAGCACCUCGUCGUGUGAUGAACGUGAACCGGGUGGCUCGGAUACAGCUUCGGUGGAGAGUCCAGAGAAUUUGCAGCGUCAUAAGGCGUUGACAUUAACCAAGCAGCAGCAGCAGCAGCAGCAACAGCAACAGCAACAGCAGCCGCUACAUCCUUCUCAACAUCCUGCUCAUGCUCCUCAUCCUCAGCAUGCGCAUUCACAACCGCUUACGCAGCAGCAGCAGCAACAGCAACAACAACUGCCCCAGCCACCGCCACCUGUGAUUCAACAGCAUCAGCAAAAGUCAUCCUCAACACCAAGAAGUGUGGCUGAUGCCUCCGGGGCAGCUCUGACCAUAACACCCACCAGGAUUAAUGCCAAAACGGCAUCCGAUGGCGAACGUCUCCUGCCUCCAGCCGGGCAAGCGCCGAAGAAGCAAAAGACCAGCGAGGAAUACGACUCCUCGGCCACAGAGACGGCCGACGAGGAGAAUGAGAACUCUCCAGCUAACCGUCAGAGUCCCAAGGUUCUGUUCAACGCGGUACAUGGUCAUGUCACUGCCCAUGGGGUACACCAGCAGCAGCAGCAGCAUCCCCAUCAUGUGAUGCCACCGCAUCCCGGUGCUGUUGGCACUAAUAAUAACAACAAUGUGGCCGGAUUGCAGCCACCAAAUGUGGCAAUGCCUGGAAUGGCUGGUAUGCCACAAAGUGCCGGCGGCGGUGGGGUACAGCAAUCGGCCAAUGGACCUGGUGCUGGGCCAAUGGGAUUGCGUCGUGAGGCUGUCAAUAAUGUGCAGGAUUGUGUAUUCUCGGUCAUUGAGAGGCAACUCAAGCACAAGGGUCCACAGCCCAAGACAGGAUCGAGCAGUAGUGGUGGUGGUGGUGGUGGUGGAGCACCAACCAGUCAGUCGCCUGGUUCACAGCAGCAACAACAACAACAACAACCACCUCCGCCCAACAAUCUGGAACGCAAGGAGCUGACAAUUGUUAGGGAAUAUCGUCAGGAUGGCAGUGCGAACAUUAAACAGACACCACCACCACCACCGCCGGGCCUGCCACAUGGCACAUCCGUGCAGAAACUGGUAGGCAACUCAUCCCGCUCAGCCAUCAAUGCCCCACAACAACAACAACCGGGUGGUGGCCCUCCCACCAUUGGCAGUGGCAAUGGCACCGUGGUGGGUGGCGAUAAUCUGGCAACUCUCUCGGUGGUCAAUUCCCAUCUGGUUGUGCCCGGCCAUCUACCGCAUCCGGGACUGAUGCAGCCUGGCGACAAGGCGACCAUAACACCAGUGGUCAAGGGAUCGAGUGGCGGUAAGGUUGGCGGUAACACGCCAACGCCACCCGAAACGAUUAUCUACAAUGUCCCGGCUAGCCAUGCCCAGCCACCGCCGCCGCCAUCCCACUCCCAGCAGCGACUCACACAGGCUCAGGUGCAGCAGCAGCAGCAGCAGGUCGAACCGGAGCCACAAACUCUGGACUUGAGCAUCAAGAAGACACCGCGCGAUGGCCAUUCGCCGGCAUCGUCGCAGUCAGCCUCAUCGAGUUCCUCCUCCGUACCAGAUCGUCAUCACAAUCCAAUCAAGCACAUUGUACGCUCCUCGCCCAUCUAUCGCAGCGAGGCUGUGGCCAUGACCAGCCUGCCAGGACCUGGCCCAGGAUAUAUAUAUCCAACGCAUGGAGUGCUGAAGGCCUCCUCCGGUUCCGGUGUGCCCGGCGGCAGUGGUCCACCUGGCUCGCUCUACGUCCAACCAGUACCUGUACCCAUUUCCAUUGGUGGCCAGGGCCCGAUGGGGCCACAGCGAUCGAAUCCGCCGCCGCAGGCUCAGCCGCCACCGCCGCCGACCCGUGUCUCCAAGGUUCCGCCCAAAUUGAGUCCACAGCAGCAGCAUGCCCAGCAUGCUCAGCAUUUGCAUGCCCCGCAUCCUUCGCAUGGCAGCCAGGUGCCGUCGCCCUCGCAGCAACAGCAACAGCAGCAGCAGCAGCAACAGCAACAACAACUCCUGGUCAAGAGCGGUUCGAUAACCCAUGGAACGCCGGCGAACAGUGCCCAGCAACAGAUUAUCGUACAUGCCGCCUCCUCAUCAUUGCUGAGUCCCAAGUUCGAGAGUCUUGUGCGUAUAACGCCGCCGGGUGUCUGCAGCGAUGGCGGAAAACAGGGUUCCAUCACCCAUGGCACGCCAUUGCAUCACCCUCCGCAUCAUUUGGAAAGCAAGCGGAGCUAUGACUUCUACAAGAGUUCACAGCGUCAUAGCCCGGCCCAGGGCGGUGUGCCCGGAGGUGGUCCGCCUCCUGGGCAAUUGCCGCCACCGCAGCAAUCCUCGCCGCAGGGUCCACCACAAAGCUAUGGCGUCGGUUCGCCCUACGCUCGAUCCCCGUUCAGUCAAGUCGGCGAACAGCCGCCGGUCCUCUCGACGCGUCAGAUUGUGAUGCACGAUUACAUAACGUCACAGCAAAUGCAGGGACAACAGCAACGGAAUGUCUCACGCGGCAGCAGCAGCAGUGUGGGCGGCGGUGGUGGUUCCGACAAGGAGUCGCCAUCACCCAGGAAUAGUGUUAGCGGCGGAUCGGCCGUAUAUGCCUUCGAGAAGGAGCCGCCGCCGCGUGGUCGGGCCGAGUACUCGAGUCGAGCAUCGCCCGCGGAACAUGCCAAUAGCACUCCCAGUCCGCAUCGAACACCGCCACCUCAGCGUCAAGGGGUAAUCCAGCGUCAUAAUACAGGCUCCAAGCCGCCAUCGCCAGCUGCCCCGCCUCCCAAUCGGAUACAUAUUGUGCCACCUUAUCAAUAUGCUCCAGCUGGUCACGAUGCCCUGGCCUCGUUUGUGGAUGUGGCUGUGCAGCAGCCACAGCUGCCAGUGCCCUCUCAAAAGGAUGACAAGUCGCCAGUGUCGCAACCGCCGCCGCCACCUCAUGGUGUGGUCUCGGCAUCGCAAGGCUCACUGCCGCCAGCGGCUCAUCAUGAUUUGCGUUAUCGCGAGUCAGCCAUGGUGGCGGCCCUUCAUCAGCAACAACAGAUUGCUGCUGCCGUCCAGGCGGCAGCCGUUCACCAACAGAUGGCCCAGCAUCAGCAGCAGUAUCGGCAAUUGAGCCAGGCGGCACAUGUCGAUCUGCAGCGUCGCAUGGAAUCGCGGAAUCAGCGCCAGCAGCACAAUCAUGCCAUCGAGCGGGAUAGGGAAAUGCAAAAGGAGCUCAUGCAAAAUCAAGAACGAAUGCAGCGCGAACGCGAACGGGAGCGGGAACGUGAACGCGAACGACGCGAGCAGGAGCGUGAGCGCCGUGAGCGGGAACAGCGGCGGGAACAGGAGCGUGCAGCGGCCGCAGCUGCAGCAGCGGCUGUUGCCGAUGAGCAGCGAGAGCGUGAUAGUCGUCGCAUGUUCCCCGGCAGUGUGGUAACAGCCGCCGGUGGUGGGGGUGUACCUCCUGGACAUUAUAUGAGAGCGCCUGGACCCGAAACGGGACCACCUCGAACCAUACCCGAUCGUGAGCGAGAUCCUUAUUAUCGUCCACCACCGCAUGGCGGGCAACCCAGCGAGGAUACCGGCCAGUUAAGUGCCCAGAGUCUAAUCGAUGCCAUCAUCAAGCACGAGAUCAAUCGAUCCAAUGAUGCCGGUGGCAUCAAUCGUGAAUUACCCCGAGCCUCAUUUUAUCUACGAGAGAUGCGUCCACAUGAUGGCAGUGGUGGAGCCUCCUCACUGAUGGCUGCUGAGAAUAAUGGCAAGGCCAAUUCCAAUUCACCAAAUAUCAUUAACAUCGAUCUGGAUCAAGAGCGCAUUUCGGCAGCCUCGGCUGUUGCCCAACAGCAGCAACAACAACAUCAGCAGCAACAGCAGCAGCAGCAGCAGGCCAACUCUCAGCAAUCGCGUUCGGUCCAUGGUAGCAUGCGGGGACAGGGCGGACCACCGCCACCAUCUCAUCACACACCGACAUCGUCGCAGGGUCAGCAACAGCAGCCAGGUGGCUCUGGACCACCCGGAUUGCAGCAGCAGAUCCACACCAAGAGCAUUACCUUUGGUGAAUUGACCGAUUCGAUCAUUGCCAGCGAUUACGGACCCAAUCCCCAUUUGAGGCCAUCACCGGGCGGCACAUUUAUGACGACCUAUCUGCAGGAAAGCCAACCAAUAUUGACACCCGAUCGUUGGAAGCAAAAUCGUCGCAUGCAACAGAAGGCCGAAGAGGCGGCUGCGGCUGCGGCAGCCAAGCACCAACACCAGCAACACCAGCAGCAGCAGCAACAGCAGCAAAUGCCACCCGGCUCCACGAGUGUGGGACCAAAUAGUGGCGGACCUGGCGGACGAGCCAAUACACCGGGCGAAGAUGGACGCAAUAUUAUACGGCUGCCACAGGCUGUGAGCCCUCGGAAAUAUCAGCAUGAACUGUUUAUGCAACAAGCGGUGGCCGCUGCCGGUGUCGAUCCCAGCCAUUUCUUCCUCCCGGCACCAAGUGGUGUGGUGGGCCGCGGUGUUGGACCACCGCCGCCCGAACAGCGUGUGCCCGGCGGUGGGUCUGGCUCCAAUUUCGACAACUAUGUAAAGAAUCGCAUUGCCGAGGUGAUGCGCGACGAUAUUGGCUAUGUGAAGAAUCGGAUUGUCGAGGUGCGCAGCGACGAGGAGGCAGCCGCUGCUGCCGAACUCCAUGCGGCUCAUGCACACGCCCACGCUCAGGUGCAUGCCCAUAAUCAGGCUCAUGCCCAAGCUCAAGCCCAAGCCCAAGCACAGGCCCAAGCCCAAGCCCAAGCCCAAGCCCAGGCCCAAGCCCAGGCCCAAGCCCAUGCAGCUGCCAUGGAACAACAGCAUCGGGGCAAGGAGCCGCCACUGCCGCAUGAGAUCUCGGUGUCGCGCAAGACGCCAAAUCAAUACGAAGUGGUGGACAGUGGUCGUCGCUCGGCCAGCAGCUCCGGUUCGAAUAGUCAUCACUCGGCCUAUCAUUCACAGCCGCCGACAGUGAAUCCCGCAUUCGCGGCUGGCACCUAUGCCUACCCCUUCAGCGCCCUAACUGUGCCGGGUGCGGCCAGUGGAUUGCCACCACCGCCCAUGCAUGUGACCCACCAGUCUGCACCGCCCAGCCAUCUGAGCAAGGCCAAGGCGGCGCAUGCCCUCAGCGAACUGGGCUCGGCCGGUGGUGGAGUUAGUCUUGUUGUUGGCGGCGGCAGCGGCGGUGCUGGCGGUGGAGGAGGUGGUCCAGGUAGUGGCGGAGGUGGUGGCGUUGGUCCUGGAAGUGCUGGUGGCGGUGGUGGUGUCGGUGUCGGUGUCAAUCCAUCGGGAGGUCCACUCAAUGUCAGUGUCUCGGCGGUAGCAGCAGCUGCUGCAGCUGCAGCGGCAGCGGCCAUGGAGCCAAAACCUCUGCUGUCAUCCAAAUACGAGGCACUCAGCGACGAAGAUUAGUUGUGACUGCAGGCGCCGUCGUCGUGUGCAGCAGCGACGGCGCCUUCAGCAGCAGCCAACACAACAACAACAUCAGCAGGAUCAGCAUCAGCAUCGUCAGCAGCAGCAGCAGCAGCAGCGGCGGCAGCGGCAGCAAUCUAUGGUUAUCGUCGUCCACACCAUCAUCAUCAUGCUCAUCAACAUCAACAGCCACAGCCACAUCAU